AUGAACAGACUGGGUACUUUGAACUGGAGUACACAGAUCGAAGAGAGCCAGGAUCACACCAACGGGUUAAGAGGGAGAGAGAACUGGUCAGAAUCCCUGCUUUUUCAGGAAGUGUCUGAGCACUUGAAGGCUUUUUGGGUUGAAGAGUCGUUUUGUUGGUUGGAUGCAGGAGAGCCGGUUAAAUAUUUGGCGAAGCAACUGCCUAAAAAUAACCGAAAGUUUGAACUUUGA